AUGCAGCCCACUCUUACUUUCGCUACUCUCGUGGCCCUUGCCGCCGCCGCCAAGGAGUUCACCGCCGUCAUCUCGGGUACUUCGAGCUUGGGCAACUUCACUCCCACUUUGAAAGAUGGUAUUAUCCUCACUGGUGACAAGUCCAUCACCUUUGUGCUCACCGACGAUGGCCAAUUGAUCGACAAAGACACCGGGAAGUACUUUGGCUUCAACAAGUACAACAUCUUGGUGGAAGCCAAUAACCCUAGCAUCACCUGGGAAUUUAAGGACAACACUUUGUCGCCUUCCCCGGCGAUUAUUGCUUGUCACGCUCAUGACAAGGUGUGGAUCCUCGGCGCCGAACGUGAAUGUAAGGAAGGAGACGCCGAAAAGAUUCAGCUCACUGCCACUAACGCAAAGGAGAUCGCUGAUCCUACUAAGGACGAAGAAUACCUCAAGACCCACACUACCCUCCCUCAAGCUGAGGACCCUCAUGACCACGAUCACCACGACCAUGACCAUGAUCACGGACACGAUCACGAACACGAUCACAACCACGAUCACAACCAUGACCAUGACCACGAUGCAGAUGGCCAUGACCACGAUCACGACCAUGAUCACGACCACAGCGAUGACCAUGACCACCAAGAAGCUGGACAAAUCUCAGCUCAAGGUGAAGGUGAGAGUUCAGUUGUCACCAUCUCCGGUGAAACUCAAUACACCACCACUACAGUUGAGUGCCCCGUGUGUGAAGGCGGCUACGCUACCACGACCAUUCCUUUGCCCGCUGAAGAAAAACAGGACGUGGCUUCUGAAGCUGUCCCUGACCAGAAGCCUACCACUCUUGCUGAAGAAACUAAGGAACCUGAACCUACUUCGGGUGACGUGGCUGCUCCUCCUCAAGUUGAAGAAGCUAACGGUGCUACCAAGUUCGGUGUUGGCGCCGCUGCUGCCGUCGCUGCUAUCGCUGUGCUUGUCUAA